AGAUAAUUCAACUCAUUUAAACUUCUUGUACAUCCUAUAUAGUAGGCCAUGGUUAUAGAAAAAGUGUAGUGUUUUACUCGUCGAAAAGCAUUUUCUGCAACAUGAGAACAUUAUCAAACUCGGCUGCGCCUCGUUUGAUAAACUGUUCUCUCGUUUGCAAAAAAACUCGUCCCUCGUUACUCGACUUUCGUCACUCGUUAAACAAUCCGUCACUCCAUAAUGACAAUGUUUUUCUGUCUAAAACUCGUUCGUCUCUUAACAAUAUUCCUUUCCAAUUUCUGCUAUUUCUUUUGCUAUAUUAAUAUUUAAUUAUGUUCCCAAACAAAAUAUACGAAAACAAAUCAAGCGUCUUUUUAAUUACCGGCGAUUAUUUUAUUUUACAUAUUAUGACAAUAUUUCAUGUUUUAUUGCUACUGAUAUGAAACGUUUGCAGUUUGCACUUAAAUAAGGAAUCAAAGAGUUAUCUGUAACCGAAUAAACCAUUUCCAGUUGGUUUUAAAACCCACUAUAAAAGAAGAAUCUUAAAAUAUUUCCAUUCCUUUUUUUAUGUCUUUAGUUAUAAGAAGAUUCAGAAUAGAUAAUUUCAAUUUUUUUCCAUAAUAUUUUUACUAAUUAUAACUUUACUUGUGAUUGCUGUUCCAUCAACCACUUCGUAGCCGGCUGACGAAAACGUAACCACAACCAAAUUAAUACACAUGGCAAAUAAUGUCAAAAAGGUGUUGCGCAAAAGGCGACCUCCUGAUGACAUUGGGCUAUUCAAAAUAUUGGGAAAGUGAAAUCUAUUGAUACUUCCUAAUAGACUUAUAAAAAACUACUUAUUUAUAUAAACAAUACAUCAACAAUAACUAUAUAACCUAUACUACCUCACAAAGGUUUAAAAAAAAACAAAAUGUCUCUUACAUCUGUAGAGGUGGAAACCAUACCCUUUGAGGGACAAAAGCCUGGCACGAGUGGUUUAAGGAAAAAAGUUAAAGUGUUUAUGGAAAAGCACUAUACAGAAAAUUUCAUACAGUGUAUAUUUAAUACCCUUGAUGACAAAGUUAAAGGAUCAACUCUAGUUGUUGGAGGUGAUGGGAGAUAUUUCUCAAAACAGGCUAUUAAUACUAUUAUAAGGAUUGCAGCCGCCAAUGGGGUAUCAAAAUUGAUAAUAGGUCAGCUCGGAUUACUAUCGACCCCUGCUGUUUCCAGUUUAAUCCGAAAUCACAAAGUCUUAGGUGGUAUUGUUUUGACGGCGUCUCACAAUCCUGGCGGUAUCCGACAUGAUUUCGGUAUAAAAUAUAACAUCGAAAAUGGCGGACCAGCUCCUACUCAUUUCACUGAUGACAUCUAUGAACAUUCUAAAAAAAUUAAAUCGUACAAAUUUACGCCUAAACUUGAAACUGAUAGACUUAUUGAUGUUUUAGGAACCACCUCUUUCAAGGUUGAUGGCAAUGAUUUUGUCGUUGAAGUCAUAGAUUCCACAGCAGACUAUGUUAGACUUAUGAAGGAAAUAUUCGAUUUUAAAAAACUAAGGACUCUCAUUCGUGGAACUGAGCAACGUCCACCUUUCAAUGUACUUAUAGACUCAAUGAAUGGCGUCACUGGAGUUUAUGUAAGACGAAUUUUCGUCGAAGAACUUGGUGCUAGCCCAGACAAUAACGUCUUUAGAAUCGUACCGUUAGAUAAUUUCGGAGAAGUCCAUCCAGAUCCUAAUCUCGUUUAUGCCAAAGAUCUCGUCGACAAAGUCAAAGGGAACAGUUAUGAUAUGGGAGUCGCUUUCGAUGGUGAUGGAGAUCGUAACAUGAUAAUUGGAAAAAAAGCUUUCUUCGUAACUCCAAGUGACAGUUUAGCUGUCAUUGCAAACAAUUUAGAGUGCAUUCCAUAUUUCCAAAAACACGGAGUUCGCGGUUUUGCCAGAUCGAUGCCCACUGCCGCAGCUGUAGACAGAGUCGCUGAAAAACUAAACAAAGAAAUGUUCGAAGUGCCAACAGGUUGGAAAUUUUUUGGUAAUUUGAUGGAUGCAGGCAGAUUAUCACUUUGUGGUGAAGAAAGUUUCGGUACCGGAUCUGACCAUAUCCGUGAAAAAGACGGAAUUUGGGCGGUACUAGCGUGGUUAUCGAUUAUUGAGCACAAAAAUAUGAGUAUAGAGGAAAUAUUGAAAGAACAUUGGAGUAUAUACGGGCGAAACUACUUUACAAGGUAUGAUUACGAGGAAGUAGAUAGUGAUGCAGCAGACAAAAUGAUGCAGCAUUUAGAAAAAUUAUUGGAAACCAAAGGCCUGAUAGGAAAAUCAUUUUAUUCCGGUGGUAAAACUUACAAGGUGACCAAAGCAGAUAACUUUUCCUAUGUAGAUCCAAUUGAUAAGAGUGUCACUGAUAAUCAAGGUAUAAGAGUUUUGUUCGACGAUGGUUCAAGGCUAGUCUAUAGGUUAUCUGGUACUGGAAGUAGCGGUGCCACCAUAAGGAUUUACAUUGACAGUUACGAAAAGAAAGAUGUACUCUCUGACGCACAAGAAAUGUUAAAACCUUUGGUAACAAUUGGACUGGAAAUAUCUAAACUGAAGCAAUUCACUGGUUGCGAUGAGCCAACUGUCAUCACAUAAACGUUGUGAUAACUUAAAAAGUCGUACUAUACUUAGAUAAAAAACUUAAUAUUUUGUGAAUAGAUUUUUAUUAGUUUUUUUUUGUCUACAUUUAUAUUAUUCUUUAUUUAAUUUUGUUAUAAUUUUAAAUCAAAUUAUAUAUUUAAAUGUUUUUAUUUUGUCUUUUUUGUUGGUUUUUUAUUAAUGUUGAGAUUUUUAGAAAAAAAUAUCAUUCCUGUGUAGCUUGCAAACGUUUCGUGACCUUUUGGAAACUGCCAUAUUGCUGCAAAGUUGAAAAAUUGUUGAAAGUGGUAUAGAAAUAAAUUCAAUGUUGGAC